AGGUCGAUGUUGUUUCUUGUUGCCGACGACGUCGGGUAGAUCGUGGUAGUCGUCGACAAUUCGAGAUGCGUCCAUCCGACACGACACGAUGUGUUCUGCACAUGGUGGCCAAGACGAACGACAAAUAUUCGUCUCUAGUUUUCUGCAUUUUUCUACCGAUAAAUCUUGUUAAAAAAACUCGUCCACCAUGACCACAUCAUCGGAAGAUGUUCUUAUGCAAGUAGGACAGGUCCGUUAUAAAAAAGGAGAUGGCACUUUAUAUGUUAUGAACGAAAGAAUAGCUUUUAUGCUAGAAAAAAGCAACAAAGUAUCUGUCAGUCACAAAUAUGCUGACAUUAAAUUGCAAAAAAUAUCUCCCGAGGGGAAAUCAAAAAUACAAUUACAAGUAGUUUUACACGAUGGACAAUCGUCAACAUUUCAUUUUGUAAAUAAAAAUGGUCAAGAAGCACAAAUCAAAGAUCGUGACGAUGUGAAAGAAUUGCUACAACAAUUACUACCUAAAUUCAAAAAGAAAGUCAAUAAAGAACUAGAAGAGAAGAAUAGAUUACUCCAAGAAAAUCCAUCAUUACUACAAUUGUAUCGUGAUUUAGUAAUUACGCAAGUAGUCUCGUCUGAAGAAUUUUGGGCACAGCAUGCUGUAGAAUACAUGCAGGCAAAAAAAGUUCAACAACAAGAAAUUGGUGUAAAUGGUGCCUUUCUUGCCGAUAUUAAACCACAAGCUGAUGGCUGCAAUGGAUUCAAAUAUAAUUUAACUACAGAUAUAAUAGAAUGUAUAUUUAAAACUUAUCCAGCUGUUAAAAGAAAGCAUCAAGAAAAUGUGCCUAAUAAAAUGAAAGAAUCUGAAUUUUGGAUGAAAUUUUUUCAAUCGCACUAUUUUCAUCGAGAUCGUAUCAAUGCAGGGACCAAGGAUUUAUUCACCGAGUGUGCCAAAAUUGAUGAUCAAGAAAUGAAAAAAGACAUACAAACGGGAAUUAAUGAUCCCUUGCUCGAUAUUACCUCUUUUGAGGAUAAAAAUUUAGAUGAAAAUUAUGGUAGUGAAGUUGGAAAGGCGGAUAAACCAUCGGGUAAUAUUGUACAUCAAAAUAUGAUUAAAAGAUUUAAUCAACACAGCAUUAUGGUAAUGAAAGCUAGCACUGCCAAAUCUUCAAAUAAUUCAAAUGAAACACAACAAAUGAAUGGAUCUGCAUCAUCGGCAAGUAAACAUCCAACGACAAAUGAUAAUCUAGACGAACCAAAGAUUAAAAAGCUUAGGAUACAAGAGAAGUUAUUGUACGAUGAUUUGGAUACGAGUUGUGAUGUACAGACGAAUAAUCUAUUGCCUCUUAAAUUAACGCAAAUUGAUAGAUAUUUGCAUGGACCAGUGCCAGGAAGUGAAAAAUUUGGAGUUAAUCAAAAAGAAAUACCGUUAAUAUUAAAUCAAAUGAGGAUAGAAAUUGGAAAAUGGGGAAAUGGUGCAAGUUUACCGAGACAAGAUUCGAAAACUUUAGUAAGUCCAGGAGCAGCAGUUUUAGCUUUAGGAGAACUCACACCUGGAGGAGCCUUAAUGAAAGGUUUUAGAGAAGAAAGUCUCGGACAACUAAUACCAAAAGACUUGGAAAAAGAAUUGCGCAAUGUCUACGUCUGUCUUUGUGAACUUCUUAAACACUUUUGGAGGAGUUUUCCACCAACAACACCACAAUUGGAAGAUAAAGCUGUUCGUAUGCAUGAAGCACUUCAAAGGUUUCAUUCAGCAAAACUCAAACCGUUUGAGGAUCGUAUGCAGAGAGAUUUCUCAGCAGUUAGUCAACAUUUAACGAGUCACUUGAAUCAACUUUUGAAUGCAGCCUAUAAGAAAUUUGCUGUUUGGCAACAACGAAAAAUGCAAAUGAGGUAGCCAUUAUUAAACACAUUUCAAAUGAAUUUUUAAAACAGAAAAUUUCAAAUAAAAACAAAGUAAUACGAAUGAAUGUAUAUUAUAAUGUUACCGUAAUGAAGAAUGUUAGACAAUUAUCAUUAAAGAAACCAAAGUGAGAUAUAUAAAUAGUACCGCACCUUUAAGAAAAUUAUUCUUUUUUCAUCUUAGAAAUUGCUUAUUUAUUAUUUCAUAUUCUGUUUUAACACCCAAUAUUUACUAAAUCGGGAAUCUCGGUUUUCGUGAUAUAUUAAUUUAAUUAUUUCACAAAUAAUUAUUAAAUAAGAAUGUUGUGUAAAUAUAAUUCGAUCUAAAUCGUUUAGGAAACUUCGAAAUAGUAGGAAAUUGUUAUAAAAAAAAUUGUUGUGUUAAAAGAAAAUUUUUUCAAACUAAAAGGAAAUCAAAGUGAGUGUAAUGUUUUUAUAAUUAAUUAAAUAAAAAAAAUGCAAUUACAGGAAAAAUUAAUUUUUUUUGUCUUGUACGUUCAUUUUUUUUUUUUUUUUUAUAGAAAUAACACUUUUUUCAAUGUAUGCCUGUAAUGUCAGUGAAGACUAUAGAUGUACUAUUUUACUGCGAAUGUAUUCAAAUAAGUGUCUUAAUAGUCUUGUCAAUAUUUUCUUACCUGAACGGAGCUCGGAUUUAUGACUUAUAUAUGAUCAUACAAUUAGUUUAUAAUUCAAGUCUUUGUCUUCAUUUAAUUGUUUACUAAUGUCAUCGUAUAAAAGUUCUUUUGCUAUAAUUUUAAUUAUCAAUGUAAUAUUUAUGUUAGUAAUUAUUAAGUAUUACUGUAUUUUCGAAUUAGAAAUAUGUUCUUACACAAUUAUUUCAAUAAAAAUUAUCAUUGUAAAUAAGA